AUGAAUGAUCACAUUUACGUUGAUACAUUUUCAUUGCUACUAAACUACCAUUUGUGGUAUGUUUUAACACCCGUUCGUGUGGAUUUCAUUUGGAGGGACUCAAGAGCAAACAAACUCUUCAUGGUUCUCAUUGAUCAAAAUAGAGAGAAAUUGUUAGCAGUUGUUCCACAACAAAUGAUGCGUUUUAUUUAUGGAGGGAAUCUAUUGGGUGGUGUGUUUUCUUUAAACCAUUUCCAAAUCAAACCAACCUAUGCUGAGUAUCCGAGAUAUUGUUGGAAAAAUCAUCAAAGGGAAGCGAAACUAUUCCCGUUACUCUGGUGUACUGACGUUAACUGCGUUCACUUUAUAUCUCCAAGAUGGGCCUGUUCAAUGAGGACCGUAGAUAAGGGAAACGAAAACUGUGAUGAUUCCCAAAACCCGAUAGAUAUAGAAAAAGAAAAUCGAAAAAGAUACAAUAGAAACUAUUAUGCACGAAAAAAGGAGAAAAACAAAAUGAGAAGGAUAGCUAACGGUGAAGGAUGUAGUCAACCUACAACACUCACAAGUUGCCCUACAAUGGAGACAAACGAAACAAAUAUCAACGAAGAUUCCUCUGUGAGUGUUAUAAGUGAUAAUGUGAUUUUGAUGGGAGGGAGAUUGUUCCAGCAGUUUGCAGUAGAUACCUAUAUAAAGAUUGAGACUACACGUUUGGUUUUUGUUGAAAAGAACCAAACCAAAAUUAGAGCCGAUUUAUACCAGGGCGUUGUUGAUUGCUUCAAUGCCGGUGAGGCUCAAGCAAGUAGGGUUAGACAGAGAGUUGUGUUACCUACAAGUUUCAUUGGAGGUCCACGUGACAUGCGUCGAAGAUUUCUGGAUGCCAUGGCUUUAGUUCAAGAUGAUGGGAGGCCUGAUAUAUUUCUUACAAUGACGUGCAACCCAAAAUGGAAAGAAAUCGAUGAUGAGUUAUUGCCUGGACAGUCAGCUCAAGAUCGACCGGACCUUGUUGCAAGAGUUUUUCAUGCUAAGUUAGAGGAUCUCAAGGUACAGUUAUUCCAGAGACAUAUAAUCGGUGUGGUGGGGUCAUAUGUGUAUGUGAUAGAGUUUCAAAAGCAUGGAUUGCCACAUGCACAUUUCCUCUUAAUAAUGACACCUGGAUAUAAGAUGAAUAAUCCAGACGAUUAUGACAAACUUGUGUGUGCGGAAAUUCCCGACCCAAUAAGAUGUGUGGCUCCAUACAACCCAAAGUUGUUAAUGAUGUUUAAUUGUCAUAUCAACGUUGAGGUUUGUUCGAGUAUAAAGUCUGUGAAGUACCUCUUCAAAUAUGUUUAUAAGGGCCAUGACAAACAAGUUAUCCAUAUUGAUAAAGACCAAGAAAAUGUUGUUAUUAAUGAGAUACGAAAGUUUCAAGACACACGUUAUGUGUCCCCUCCUGAGGCAUUAUGGCGAGUUUUUAGCUUUCCUCUUUCAAAAAUCCACCCUUGUGUGAUGGCCUUGCAAAUACAUCUCCCGAAUCAACAGUUGGUUAGGUUCAAAGACGGUGACAGAAUGGAAGACAUUGUUGAUAGGGAGAAAGAAAAAAAUUCAAUGUUGACGACAUUUUUCAAGAAGAAUAAAGAAUAUUCCAAUGCGAGAAAAUAUUUGUAUAAGGAUUUUCCCAAACAUUUUACAUGGAAUCGGAACAACCAUUGUUGGAGGACCAGGGAACAUAAAUCAAUGAUUGGUCGACUUGUUUAUGCUAAUCCAGCUGAAGGAGAGAGAUACUACCUACGCCUGCUUUUAUGUCAUAUUACUGGGCCUACCUGCUUUGAAGAUUUAUACACAGCCAAUGGUGUAUUACACCCUACAUUUCGAAAAGCAGCUCUUGAAAGAGGUUUAAUAGAGACCGAUGAUAAUUUAUCACAAUGUCUUGUAGAGGCUUCCUUAUUUCAAUUUCCCAACGCACUUAGAAGGUUAUUUGCGACGAUGCUGAUUUUUUGUGAACCAGGAAAUGUUCGCAAGCUAUGGGACGACCACUAUGAUUCUCUUUCUGAAGAUUAUAGGAAACAAUAUGGAUGUGCCGAACGAGUGAAAAAUAUGGUCCUCAUCGACAUUAGAGUCUUCCUAGAAUCUAUGAGUAGAAAGCUUAGUGAUUACGACCUUCCAAAUAUCAGUGCACACAUCGAUUUACAAUCAAGAGGCUAUCGUGAGGUGCAAGAAGAAUACUCUAUAAAUGUGGAAUAUGAAGACUUACAUGCGCGAGACUCUCUCAAUCCAGACCAGAAGUUUGCAUAUGAUGAGAUAAUGAGGCAUGAGGAUCAAAAUAUUACGGGUGUAUUCUUCAUAGAUGGUCCCGGUGGAACUGGAAAGACAUUUUUGUACAAAGCUUUGUUGGCCAAUAUUCGUGCCCGUGGUCUUAUUGCACUUGCAACUGCCACGUCAGGUGUUGCGGCUAACAACAUGCCAGGAGGGAGAACAGCUCAUUCACGAUUUGGAAUUCCCCUCAAUCUUGAUAAUAACUCGAUGUGCAAGAUCACUAAACAAAGUGGGAAGGCUCAGAUACUUCGCGAGGCAAAGGUAAUCAUAUGGGAUGAAGCAGCAAUGGCUAAGAGGCAGGCAAUAGAAGCAGUUGAUCGGACAAUGCAAGACAUCACAGAUGAGAAGCUCCCUUUCGGUGGAAAGAUAAUGGUUAUGGGAGGUGACUUUAGACAAGUGUUGCCGGUCGUGAGACGUGGCACUCGAGCACAAAUUGUCGACACUAGCUUACGAAUGUCACCUCUAUGGGCUUCAGUUAAAAGGCUUCGAUUAAAUAUCAACAUGAGAGCGGUAAAUGACCCAUGGUUUUCUGAUUUUUUAUUAUGA